AUGGAGAUCACAGUUCCUGAAAUACAAGUAGAAAGCAAGGAUGAGAAGAGAUCAGCAGAGGUUAGUCCUCAGAAUGAGAGGCAGGAGGAAAAAGCAUCGACGCUUUGCUUCAAGAGAAGAAAGAAAGCAGCCAAAGCAAUGAAGCCCAAAGCUGGCUCUGAAGCUGCUGAUGCAGCAAGGAAGCGUCCCCCAGAAGCAGGAGCUUCUUAUCAGCCAGAGCCCCCCGGGGGGGCCUGGGCUUCCAUCAAACGCCUUGUAACACGCAGCAAAAGGUCAGAUUCUUCAAAGCAGCCAAAGCCCUUUGAGGCCAAAGUGCAACCUGAAAUCAAUGCUGAGGAUGAUAAUUCUAAAAAAAAGGCAAAAUCCAGACUCAAGAUUCCCUGUAUAAAAUUCUCAAAAGGGGAGAAAAGAAGUAAUCAUUCCAAAAUUAUAGAAGACUCAGACUGCAGUAUCAAAGUCCAACGACAGGCUGGAAGUUUGGAUACAAAAACUCUGACCCAAUCAGAUGACCAGGCAGCAAAGACCAAGUCGAAGCAGGAUGUAAGGGAAGAUGUCUCACAGAAAGGGAGUGAUGAGGUCUGUGAAUCAAAUGUGAACAACAGCAUAACUUCUCCUGGAGAGAAAGUGAUUUCAGUAGAACUUGAGUUAGAUACAGGGCAUUCUGCUAUUCAAACAGGAACUCUAAUCCUUGAAAAAGAUAUUGAAACGCUUGAGGAAAAACAAAGCAUUCAACCUCAGCAAGCAAGCCCACUGGAAACUUCAGACACAGAACACCAGCUCCCAGUGGUUUCUGAUGUUCCUCCCUCACCUGCAGUCCCAGAUCAACAAAUUCUGGAAGAAGCCAGAAACAGUAUCCUAGAAAGUGGACCAGACUGGAAAGACCGUGAAAGUAAAGAGACUGUUGCUGAGGAGAGCAAGCCGAAAGAUACUGAACUGAGCCAGGAAUCAGAUUUUCAAGUAAAUGAAAUCACUGCAGAAAAACCCAAACCAGAAGAAAGCAAAAGAAUGGAGCCAAUUGCUAUUAUUAUCACAGACACUGAAAUCAGUGAAUUUGAUGUUAAGAAAUCUAAAAAUGUCCCUAAGCAAUUCUUAAUUUCAAUCGAAAAUGAGCAAGUGGGGGUUUUUGCUAAUGAUAGUGGUUUUGAGAGUAGAACUUCAGAACAAUAUGAAACACUCUUAAUAGAAACAGCUUCUUCUCUUGUCAAGAAUGCUAUCCAGUUAUCUAUAGAACAGCUGGUUAAUGAAAUGGCCUCUGAUGAUAAUGCAAAAAGCAAUCUUCUACAGUGACUUAAUUUCCACAUCAUGGGAGGGAAAAAAUGCUUAAUGGUAAAUUAUUUUACAUAUUUGUGGUAUUUCUUAUUCAGUAACAAAUGAGAGAUUUAACAUCUGUAGAAUUUAAAGGUACAGUUCAAACCCAGAAGUGCUAAAGAAUUAAGUUGUAAAAUCCUCCCUUAUCACUGAAAUGUAGCCACUUCUGGAUUGAAGGAAGUCAGUACAGAUUGCAAUGAAAAGUAAUAUCUAGGAAAUUGCUAAAAUGGUUUGUGGAGAUUAGACUGCCUGGGAGAAGCAAGAUGUAUUUAUUGAGCACUUGCCGUAUGCCAUAAGCUCUUUAAUGUCCUCUGAUGUCACAAAGCCUGGUUUCCUUUUAAAAGUUCAACACUGUGUAUAGGUUAACAUCGCAUUCUGUUUUCAACAACUUUUUUUUUACAGUGCACUUUUAUGUUGUAUAAAAUGGUGAUAAGGUGAGCUAUUUUUGUGAAUGUGUGACUUAUAGCUGUUAUACUCCUAGGUAGUAGUCUUACCUCAAAAAAAUACUGCAGGGCUUCCCUGGUGGCACAGUGGUUGAGGGUCCGCCUGCCGAUGCAGGGGACGCGGGUUCGUGCCCCGGUCCGGGAGGGUCCCACGUGCCGCGGAGCGCUGGGCCUUUGAGCCAUGGCCGCUGAGCCUGCGCGUCCGGAGCCUGUGCUCCGCAACGGAAGAGUCCACAACAGUGAGAGGCCCGCAUACCGCAAAAAAAAAAAAAAAAAAAAAUACUGCAAACCAAAAAAAUAAUAGUUUGAUUAAACAUGAGUGGUUUUCUAGUCUUGCUCAAGUUCCUUACAAAAGCCAUUCACAAAUUACUUCAAACAGGCAAAUAAUUACCAAGUGCAAAGGUGUGGAAACAGGGAGUGCAUUUUCCAUCUCCAUCUUUCUUCUGCCACAAGCAGACCUGUAUAAAAAUCCACUUGCGCACGCGGGCUUCCCUGGUGGCGCAGUGGUUGAGAGUCCGCCUGCCGAUGCAGGGGACACGGGUUCAUGCCCCGGUCUGGGAAGAUCCCACAUGCUGCGGAGUGGCUGGGCCCGUGAGCCAUGGCCGCUGAGCCUGCGCGUCCAGAGCCUGUGCUCCGCAACGGGAGAGGCCACAACAGUGAGAGGCCCGCGUACCGCCAAAAAAAAAAAAAAAAAAAUCCACUUGCGCAUGGGAUCAUCUGCUGAAAAGCUAAAAACAAAAAACUGGGUUUCCCUGGUGGCGCAGUGGUUAAGAAUCCGCCUGCCAAUGCAGGGGACACGGGUUUGAACUCUGGUCCAGGGAAGAUCCCACAUGCCGCAGAGCAACUAAGCCAGUGCACAACUGCUGAGCCUGUGCUCUAGAGCCCGUGAGCCACAACUACUGAGCCUGCGUGCCACAACUACUGAAGCCUACGCAGCUAGAGCCUGUGUUCCGCAACAAGAGAAGCCACCGCAAUGAGAAGCCCGUGCACCGCAACAAAGAGUAGCACUCGCUCACUGCAACUAGAGAAAGCCCACACGCAGCAACAAAGACCCAACUCAGCCAAAAAAUAAAUAAUUUUUUUAAAUUAAAACAACAAAAAGUGGAUUAUUUUCCAUCCAGGAGAAGACAAACUUCCCAAGUAACAAAUUACCACAUAUAACACACGAUUCGUCUUGCAAGAUUAAAUCUCUGGAGACUGUCUUCAUCAAUCUCUCCUCAAAGAGGGGAGAGUGGACUCAAAGCAAACCUGGCAGUAAAAGUCAUAGGAAAUCAUAAUAAUUUAGUGAAAAUAUUCAUGCUUGGCUAAGAAUGAGCCAAAUACAUCUUUCAUUGUGCCUAUGUGUUGAGAGACACCAGUAAAAAUUUUACACGGAUAUUGAAAAUAAACUUUUUCAUCAGUAAUUUUAGUCCAACUAGUCCCUUACAAAAAAAAAAAAAAAUGAACUUAAUAUAACAAUGAGAAGGGCUUGUUUGCAUUUUAUUCAGUUAUUUAAAUCAUCGAUCUCAAUGAUUGUCAUAUUUUUUGAAAAAAUAAGUAAUUGUUUCAACCUUUCCUUGUGUGAAAUGACCCUAAUACUGCAACCCACUUCCGUACCUCACAGGUCAGGGUUCCUAUUGUACAGUCCUCCACUGUCUAAACUGAGUGACAGUGUCACUCUGAAAGUAGAUGAAGUAAUGAAGAGCUUUUGCUUGAGUUGUAAGGUAUUUGUACAUUCUUGGAGAAAAGAAUGUACAUUAGAUGAUUUCAAAUGAUCUGGUGACUUCCUGCAUUAUUUAUGGAUUGCAUACAGAAAGUAUGUGCUAAUUUGUCCCAUAGAAUCUUUGUUUCUUCCUGUAAGUACAUAUUGAGACCUCUGGCAGAAGAACCUAAUCUGACUUUGGAACUGAACCAGAUAAUGGAUAUUAUUAGCAAGAUUCUUUGCUGAAGUGUAAAUGUAUUCCCCGUAUUCCCCCAGAUUUUCCUACCGUCAUGCUUAUAACCUUGGGGGGUGGGGUGGGAGGAAGAGGGAAGCUACCAAAAUCCUUCGGUUUCACAAGAUGAAAAGUGGAUCUUUCAAAACAUGACCCAAGAAAUCAAUUUCAUUUAAUUGUAUAAUUUUUAAACAUUUUUUAAAAAAAGACUGCUAAGUCAUCCUCCCUAAAAACUCUUUUUAAUUCACUAUAUGUGGUGCUAAUGGACUUGGACAGCUACCAGCAACUACAUAUUUAAAAGUGAGCAAUUUAAAAAGACUGAUUAAAGUUGGUGCAUUUAACAGUGUUUCGAAGAAUCCUGCCUUCAUUUACUGCAAGGAUGGCUCAAGCCAUAUACUUUCAUUGUAAAUUUUUAGUAAUUUCUCAUGAAUAAGCAAAAAGUAUAGCAUUUACCAGUUAUUGAAAAUAUUUUGAAAUGUGCAGGUAUAUUUAUUUGGGAGUUUUAAAAACGUGAGGUAAAUAUGUGUAAUGAAAUUCUUCUAAGAAAGUAACAUUUUAUCUAAGUAGUCCUAGGUUUCUAUUUUUUUUCCACUGUGGUGUGGUACAUAUUUGGUUAGAAUGUAUUAUAAUUGAUAGUUUUUGUGAUGAAAUGUGUACUCUAUUUGCAUUCAUUCUUAAGUGGUUUCUCCUCAGUCUUUUCUAUUGAGAAUAUCUGGUGAAUUAAAUAAGUAGGAUCCAGUUUGAAAAAGGAUUCCAGAAAUUAAUUGGUCUCAAUCUGAUUAUAUCUGCUACAUGGCCAACUCCCACUACUAUGAAUCGUAAGGUGAUCUAAAUUGUUUUGUUGUUAUAGAAAUAAUUAGGAAUCAGAUGACUUAGAAGUUUCUCAUAAAAUAUUUUUUUUAUUUUAAUGGUAUUUAUUUUAAGCAAUUUGACCUUAUAUGCAAGACAUUAAAUGAAUAUAAAUAGGUUCUUAUUCAAUUCACAUCCAUUUGACAAUAUUAAAAUAUCACUUAAAAGGCAAUUUAAUAACACCACAUUAAUUUUCCUUUAAAUUUGCUGUGGUAUAAAUGCUGCUUUUAGUGAACAUUUAUUAAGUAGCUGGGAUUCAGUUUCUCUUUGAACUCGAUUUUACAAGGCUGGUUGGUUUAUCAGGUAACUUCUUCAGCACAUUAUCUUCCCCCUUUUAAGAUUCAAGUAUUAUUCAGUUUGCUUUACAACAAGCGAAUACAAAAAUCCUCCUCUAUUUUGUGUAGCACUAUUCACUUAACAUUUUCUCAAAGUACUUUAUAGGAUAUAAAAAUAGUCCCUGGUCACAUUUAAGUAAAGGUAGCAGAAAACAGAAGAACAUUCAAAGAGGAAUCAUGUUCCCUGCCACCUCCUCCACCUCAAGGAACAAUAAGCAUUUGGUACAAAUGGAGUUCUUCAGAAAAGCUGUCAGCAUAAUUUUCUUUGAAGAUAAUCCAUUUGACAGCACGAAGUUUGUGAUCUUAAUUGGUCUACUAUUUAACGAAGUCUUAAAAACUCUGAUUUAUUUCUGAGCGAUUACAUUAUUUCACCAAUAUGUGUGAAUAGCCUUCCAGCUAAAGGCUUUUAGAAAUAAUGGAUCAUGAGAGGGCACCAGUCGAAUCUGGCUUCUGCAAAAAAUCCAGAGUUAACUUCAUCCAUAAGUUUCUAACUUCAAGUUGCCUUAUUUUUUAUAGUUAAUAAUUAAUUUGGGGGGAUUUACAGCAGAAUUAACAUAAUUAUUAAGCUUUAGAAUCCAUUGUUUGAAAAUACCCCUUUAAUGUCAACUUUAUUCAAAUGUGUGAAGUCUGCUUUCUAAUUUCACCUGAUACUCAAUACAUUAGGGGUGGACUUUUCUGCCUGCCCUUUCUGCAUUUUUAAACAUCCUCAUUUAAGGUUUAGCGUUUCUUAGUUUCAAAUUCCUAUGAUGUUUUAUUGCUUCACAAACAUGAAGUUUCUCAUUAUACAGAAUUCAAAAUUUCAAUAUGUAGUACAUUUUAUGGCACAUUUUUGAAGUUUUUUUGUAAUCCUUACUUAGUUACAAAAAUUUAACAGAAAGAAACUACUUAAAUUUAGAUUAAAUUCAAUUUAUUCAACAUGUGUUGGGUAUGACACAUGCCAAACACUGAUAAAGGGGACAGUCUCCCUGCCCUCGAAGAGCGCCGCAGCAGCUGAAACUUGGACAGGGGUUAAGGCAAAGAACCACAGUAAUGCAGCAUCGUGAGUGCAUGGAGACUAAAGAGAAAGAGAUUCAUUUUGUCUGGUAUGAGGAGAUGGUCAUAUAAAUACAGGGGCAGUUUGAUAGCAUUCGGUUGCUAAAUAGCUUAAAAGUAUAUUCCUUCUGAUUUGUGAACAGGUGCAGAAAAAAGCCUGCAUAAUGUUACAUAUUUAUAGUAGUUCUUUGUAAAAAUGUUAAGUGGAUGAGCUAUUAUGAAAGCAGAAGUUCCAAUUUGUAUUUCUCAUUAAAAUUAGUACUAUAUUAUUGUGGAUCAGAUGCGAAUAUUAAAGAAAUCAUACUCUGUAGAAAAAAGGUUUCAAACCUGAAUUAAUAUAUGUACUGUUAAUACAAAAUAAAUGUUAUAUUGGCUCAUG